AUGAUUUUUGUAUUUAGAAAGGUGGAUAUUUCAGCAAGUGAACAGAGUAUCUGCCAAGCACGAGCUGCUGUAAUGGUCUACGAUGAUGCCAAUAAGAAAUGGGUACCUGCUGGUGGAUCAACUGGAUUCAGCAGAGUUCAUAUAUAUCAUCACACAGGCAACAACACGUUCAGAGUAGUGGGCAGGAAGAUUCAGGAUCAUCAGGUGGUAAUAAAUUGUGCCAUUCCAAAAGGGCUGAAGUACAAUCAAGCUACACAGACCUUCCACCAGUGGCGUGAUGCUAGGCAGGUGUAUGGUCUGAAUUUUGGCAGCAAAGAAGAUGCCAAUGUCUUCGCAAGUGCCAUGAUGCAUGCCUUAGAAGUAUUAAAUUCACAGGAAGCUGUGUUCUAUUUAGGUCCUACAUUGCCUCGACAGAAUUCACAGCUUCCCUCUCAAGUACAAAAUGGUCCGUCACAAGAAGAAUUGGAAAUCCAGAGAAGACAGUUGCAAGAGCAACAGAGGCAGAAGGAGCUGGAGCGGGAGAGGCUGGAUCGUGAACGAAUGGAACGGGAGAGGCUGGAGAGAGAGAGGCUAGAAAGGGAAAGACUUGAAAGAGAGCGCCUAGAACAGGAGCAACUGGAGAGAGAACGACAAGAAAGGGAACGACAAGAGCGACUAGAAAGGGAGAGACAAGAGAAGGAGAGGCAGGAUCGAGAAAGACUUGAACGACUUGAGCGGGAGAGGCAAGAAAGAGAACGACAGGAACAGUUGGAAAGGGAACAAUUGGAAUGGGAAAGAGAGAGAAGAAUUACAAAUGCUGCUCCAUCUUUCGACAACUCCCCGUAUAGCACUCCACUUCCUGACUACUCCAGUUGCCAGCCUCCUUCAGCACCUCCUCCAUCAUAUGCAAAAGCAGUCUCAGCACCAAUGUCAGAGGCCGCACCGGAGUACGCUGUAGUGACUUCUGCACCACCGACUUCCACUCCCCCUACACCGCCUCUAAGGCACUCUGCAUCACGUUUUGCUACAUCUUUAGGCUCAGCUUUCCACCCUGUUCUCCCCCAUUACGCUACGGUUCCUCGUCCGCUGAGCAAAAGUUCUCGUCCCCCUUCUCCUGUCAAUGCCCCAGCGACAUUGCCUCCAAAUACAAAGCCUGUUGCCUGGUCUGCGCCCAGUUUCGCCCCUCUUCCCCCAUCUCCUCCAGUAAUGAUAAGCAGUCCACCAGGCAAAGCUACCGGUCCGAGACCUGUCCUCCCAGUGUCGGCUUCUAAUCCAGUGACCCAAAUGUCCACGUCUCCCACGGCUCCUAACGGGCUUCCUGAAAACCUGGCUUAUCCGGCUCCUUCACCUUCUACCUCAGGUCCAACUCCGCCUCCACCACCUCCUCCUCCCCCACUGCCUUCCUUUCCGCCUCUGUCACUCUCUGGACCUCAAGCUUCUCCUUCUCCCAACUCCCCGAAUGCCUCGACUCCCUCAUCCAAGCCUAGUGUUCUCCCUUCUCCCUCUGCAGCUACCCCUGCCUCUGUUGAGAACUCUCUAAACUCUGUGUUGGGAGACUCCUCUGCUUCUGAGCCAGUCUUGCAGGCAGCCUCUCAGCCGAUUGAACCUACGACCCAGCAGGGUGUUGUCCAAGGACCACCUGCACCUCCUCCCCCACCCCCCUUGCCCCCUGGCCCAGCUCAGUCUUCAGUAGCAGCCCCACCUCCUCCUGGCCCACCACCACCACCUCCACUUCCACCUUCAGGGCCACCGCCGCCACCACCACCACCUCCACUUCCUAGCCAAGCUCCUCAAGUUCCUCUUCCACCUCCUGCUCCCCCUCUUCCCGCCUCUGGAUUUUCAGUGGGAUUUGUGUCUGAAGAAAAUCGCCCUUUAACUGGACUAGCAGCUGCCCUUGCUGGAGCCAAGCUUAGGAAGGUCUCACGGGGUGAAGACUCCUCCAGUUCAGGUGGAGGAGGAGGAGGCUCUGCUUCAUGUAAAACAGACAGUGGCCGUGGAAAUGGACCACUUCCCUUGGGAGGCAGUGGGCUGAUGGAAGAAAUGAGUGCACUGCUGGCCAGGAGGAGAAGAAUUGCUGAAAAGGGAUCAACAGAACCAGAGCAGAAAGAAGAUAAAACUGAAGAAAUAGAGUCUUCAACUUCUAAGGUUUCUUCAACAAGCACACCUGAACUAACAAGAAAGCCUUGGGAAAGAACAAAUACAGUGAAUGGAAGCAAGUCUCCUGUUAUCUCCAGACGGGAAUCUCCAUGGAAAAAUCUGCUUGCUUCUGAAAACAGGUUCUAUGAUUCAUUAAACAGACCAAAAUCUACACCUACGGGGCAACCCAGUGCCAAUGGAGUACAGUCAGAAGGUCUAGAUUAUGACAGAUUGAAGCAGGACAUUUUAGAUGAAAUGAGGAAGGAGUUAACAAAAUUAAAGGAAGAACUCAUUGAUGCCAUCAGGCAGGAACUCAGCAAGUCGAAUACUGCAUAGAAAGACUAGUACUAAGCCGAUGUGACUCUUUAACUUGAUUAUAAAACUGACUACAUUUUGUGAGCUGUUAGAAGAAGAACGGAGACAGACACUUGGAAGGAGGGAGAAACAACCUAUUCUGAGAAGCUUCAGACACAUCACUCUGGUGAUAACGCUAUUCCCCUCCUAGUUUGCAGCUUUUUUCUGACCUUUACAGCAGGGUGGAAAAGACUCUUAAAGUUACUGUAACGAUUAUGCAGAAAUUCCUACACCUAUCAGACAAGAUCACAGUGCUUUGAAGUCUACUCAUGUCAAGAUCCAAUUGCACACAUUUCUGAAUUUGUUAAGACAAAAACAAAUAAAAACAGGGAAAAGCUUGGGAAGGCUUUUCAGAGAGGUUUUCUUUAUUAAUGAAGGAGUUAGCAAGUUAUACUGUUGUACUUCAAAUGUAUCUCAGGUUUGUCUUCCUAUCAUAUCUGAUAUUUCCAUGCCUAAUUUAAAAAGAUCAGAUGUGUAGAAGUUCUGUUCACCAAACACGGAGCAAUUAGAAAGACCAACAUUUGUUAAGCAAACGACCUUAGACGGUGAUGACAUAUCAAGAUUUGGGAAUUUUAUGAUAGGAAGCCUCUCUAGUUAGCCUUCAUGCAAUUUUAUAGGAAAAGAAAAAUCACAAAAAAAAAAAAAAGAG